AUGGCCUUCAACCUUAGCAAGCCGAAUCGCAAGAUUCAAGCCGGCGUCAUAUUGACAAAGGGCGUUACCGAGAUGCUCGAUGUAGCGCCCUUUGAAUUCUUCGCCUGGACGGAUGAGACCGCGUGUCGGCUAAUGAACCUUCCCGAGGAGAUGUGGAAGGAUGCCAUCGAUAUCGAGCUCCACUGGGUCUCCGAGGAUGGGAAGCCAGUCCAGAUGAAGAGCGCAGCCCAGAUCCAACCCACCGACUCGUUUGCGUCUUGCCCACCGCUUGACAUUGCGCUUAUGGGUGCCAGCGUGGGCUACAAGACGAGCGACGCCGAGAUAGCCUUCAUUCGCAAGGUCUACGACCAGUGCAGCGCCUUCCUCACCAUCUGCGGCGGCGUCAUGGCCCCCCUGGAAGCAGGCAUCCUCGCCGGCAAAACGGCCACCGGCCCACGUCCGAUGAUCGGCACGCUGCGGGAGACGGCGCCGGCGGUCGAUUGGGUCGAGAAGCGCUGGGCGCACGACGGCAAGCUCUGGACCUCGGGCACGCUGCUGAACGGCACGGACAUGAUGCGCGCGUUCGCCGAGGCCACGUGGGGCGGGAAGAGCGGGCUGUUUGAGGCGCUCCUCGACAUGGGCGGGUAUCCUGCGAGGGACGUGGACUUCAAGGACUUCAGGGGACAUCACUACCCGAUCGAAAAACUGGAAUUUUGA